GCCGAGGACAAGGCGGCAGCCGAGCGCUCUAAGAUGAUCGACAAGAACCUGCGGGAGGACGGCGAGAAGGCGGCGCGGGAGGUGAAGUUGCUGCUGUUAGGUGCUGGGGAAUCAGGGAAGAGCACCAUUGUCAAGCAGAUGAAGAUCAUCCAUGAAGAUGGCUAUUCAGAGGAAGAGUGCCGGCAGUAUCGUGCCGUUGUCUACAGCAACACCAUCCAGUCCAUCAUGGCUAUCGUCAAGGCCAUGGGCAACCUGCAGAUUGACUUUGCCGACCCACAGCGUGCGGAUGAUGCCAGGCAGCUGUUUGCACUGUCCUGUGCUGCUGAGGAACAAGGGAUGCUGCCUGAGGAUCUGUCCGGCGUCAUCCGGAGGCUCUGGGCUGACCAUGGUGUACAAGCCUGCUUUGGUCGCUCACGGGAAUACCAGCUUAAUGACUCGGCCGCUUAUUACCUGAAUGACCUGGAGCGCAUUGCGCAGAGUGACUACAUCCCUACGCAGCAGGAUGUGCUGCGGACCCGUGUGAAAACCACGGGCAUUGUGGAAACACACUUCACCUUCAAGGACUUACACUUCAAGAUGUUUGAUGUCGGUGGCCAGCGAUCCGAGCGGAAGAAGUGGAUCCACUGUUUUGAGGGCGUCACCGCCAUCAUCUUCUGUGUGGCCUUGAGCGCCUACGACCUGGUGCUGGCUGAGGAUGAGGAGAUGAACCGAAUGCACGAGAGCAUGAAGCUGUUUGACAGCAUCUGCAACAACAAGUGGUUCACAGACACCUCCAUCAUCCUCUUCCUCAACAAGAAGGACCUGUUUGAGGAGAAGAUCACUCAGAGCCCUCUGACCAUCUGUUUCCCCGAGUACACAGGGGCCAGCAAGUAUGAUGAGGCAGCCAGCUAUAUCCAGAGCAAGUUUGAGGACCUGAAUAAACGCAAAGACACCAAGGAAAUAUACACGCACUUCACAUGCGCCACCGACACCAAGAACGUGCAGUUUGUGUUUGAUGCCGUCACUGAUGUCAUCAUUAAGAACAACCUGAAGGACUGUGGCCUCUUCUGA